GGUGUGGUGGUAUAGAUAAAAUAAACUUGAAUUGUUUUUGUUUCUACUAAAAAAAACUAGUGAUCUAGCUAUCAAGCGAACAUGUAGUUUACACAAAAACAAAAAUUACCUAAAACAGUAAAAGUGAAGAAUAUUUAAAAGUUUUUUUUAGUGAAAAACUAUUUUCCAAAAAAAAAAAAAAAAAAAAAACUAUACAGAAAAAAAAAACAAAGGAAAAUGUAUGAAGAACUGAAAUAACUUUCCAUAAGAUAAGCAAAAAAGCACAGAAAUGGCAUCACUAAACGAAACAAGUCGCGUUUCAACAGAUCCAAAUUGUUCACCACCACAAUUAACCUCUCGCCCACCUGCAUCUGCAUAUUCUAUUCAAUGGCCACCAGCAGCGGUAGCUCCUUCGUCAGGCGGUGACAUCUCACUAUCACCAGCGCUAGGUAGUCCAGCCAAAGGUCACGAAUUAUCAUCCUCCGGUGCAGGAGUCAAUCGAGUCAAAGCCUAUCAGCAUCUUCCACACAGUUCGUCGACGUUUUCACAAAAUAAAAACCAAGAGUACGAAUUUUUAAAGCCGCCCGAAUGCCCGAUAUUUCGGCCGAACGAAGAUGAAUUCAAAAAUCCCCUCACUUAUAUAAGUAAAAUACGACCUAUUGCUGAGCGGUAUGGCAUUGCGAAGAUCUUACCACCAAAAAUGUGGACACCACCAUUUACAGUGGAUGUCGAUAAACUUAAGUUUACUCCCCGAGUUCAGCGAUUAAAUGAGCUGGAAGCAAAAACUCGUGUCAAGUUAAAUUUUCUUGAUCAAAUCGCUAAGUUUUGGGAGCUUCAGGGAUCCUCGCUUAAGAUUCCAAUGGUUGAAAGAAAAGCUCUCGAUUUGUAUUCAUUGCAUCGAAUUGUUCAAGAAGAAGGUGGCCUUGAGCAGGCAACUAAAGAACGCAAAUGGUCUAAAGUAGCACAUCGCAUGCAAUAUCCACCGGGAAAGAGUAUUGGGGCAAUUUUGAAAGGUCACUACGAAAGAAUUCUUCAUCCUUUUGAUAUCUACACGUCAGGCAAAGUUAUCGACAUCAAAUUGGAGUCUGAGAGUGAUGAUAAAGACUAUAAGCCGCACGGUAUAGUGUCGCGUCAACAGAUAACACCACCAAAUGAAACAACAGCUAGGCGCUCAAAACGAUUCGCCAAUAUGAACGCCAGUAAGGAGUCGGCCUGCGGACUAGGCACUAUUUCUGCAAACAUUAAACCAGAAACUGAGGAUGACAAGAAAUCCGUAAAAUCUUUAGCAGCACGUCCUGGCAGAGGAAGAUUCAUACGUCCGGCCACUCCAGCUUUGUUAAUUCACAAUGACCCUCUUGCCAAGUAUAUUUGUCACAUUUGCAAUCGAGGCGAUGUAGAAGAAGCAAUGUUGCUCUGUGAUGGAUGCGAUGAUAGUUAUCACACGUUUUGUCUACUACCACCCUUGCAUGAUAUACCUAAGGGGGAUUGGCGUUGUCCACGUUGUGUGGUUGAAGAAGUUAGUAAGCCAACGGAGGCAUUUGGCUUCGAGCAAGCACAGCGGGAAUAUACUUUACAGCAAUUCGGUGAGAUGGCUGAUCAAUUUAAAGCCGAUUAUUUCCAUCGGCCGGUGCACCUCGUGCCCACGGAUUUGGUGGAACGUGAAUUUUGGCGCAUUGUCUCGUCCAUUGAUGAAGAUGUUACUGUGGAAUAUGGCGCUGAUUUGCAUACAAUGGACCAUGGAUCGGGAUUUCCGACCAAGAGUUCUUUAUUCUUACUGCCGGGCGAUCAAGAAUAUGCAGAAUCAAGUUGGAAUUUGAAUAAUCUUCCUUUGCUGGAAGAUUCAAUCCUUGGUCAUAUUAACGCUGAUAUAAGUGGAAUGAAAGUUCCGUGGAUGUAUGUGGGAAUGUGCUUCGCUACCUUUUGUUGGCACAACGAAGAUCACUGGUCUUACUCGAUCAAUUAUUUGCAUUGGGGUGAACCGAAAACUUGGUACGGUGUGCCAGGCAGUAAAGCUGAAACUUUUGAAAAAACAAUGAAGAGUGCUGCCCCAGAACUCUUUGCCUCGCAGCCUGAUCUCUUGCAUCAGCUGGUGACGAUAAUGAAUCCCAAUAUUCUUAUGAAUAGUGGUGUUCCAGUUUACCGCACUGACCAGCAUGCUGGAGAAUUUGUUAUAACCUUCCCUCGUGCUUACCACGCUGGCUUUAAUCAGGGCUACAAUUUUGCUGAGGCUGUUAACUUUGCUCCGGCUGACUGGCUUAAAAUGGGUCGCGACUGCAUCAAUCAUUAUUCGAUGUUGCGACGAUUCUGUGUCUUUUCACAUGACGAACUUGUCUGCAAAAUGGCUCUAGAACCGGACAAGCUGAAUUUUGCCAUUGCUACUGCCUGCUACAUCGACAUGGUUAAAAUGGUUGAUUCGGAGAAAAAAUUGCGAAAAAGUUUGCUGGAGUGGGGUGUCACGAAGGCUGAGCGUGAAGCCUUCGAGCUAAUACCUGACGAUGAACGCCAGUGUGAAGUUUGUAAAACCACUUGUUUUCUUUCAGCGGUGGCAUGUCAGUGUACAAAACAAAUUGUCUGCCUUCGCCACUACUCGGAGUUAUGCGAAUGCAAACCGGAGAGCCAUUUGUUACAAUAUCGCUAUACUCUUGAUGAGAUGCCUCUGAUGCUGAAGAAACUCCAAGCAAAGGCACACAGUUUUGAACUUUGGCUUACUAAAUGUCGCGAUGUAAUCGAUCCACCCACUCCUGGUAGUAAAAUUACAUUGGAAGAUUUGCAGGAGUUAGUACAAGAGGCAGAUCGAAAGAAAUACCCCAGUUCGCUGUUGAUAGACCGUCUUAAUUCAGCCGUACUUGAAGCUGAAAAAUGCGUGACUGUAAUUCAACAAUUAGACAUAAAUAAAGUUCGUACACGCACUCGCCAUUCGAAUGAUUCUACAAAAUACAAAUUGACCAUGGACGAAUUGGAGUUAUUUGUCGAAGAAAUUGAUAAUCUUUGUUGUGUUAUCAAAGAGGGUCAGAGUGUUCGAGAAUUGCUAACGUUUGGAAAGAGUUUUGUUACUUCUGCCGAUGCCUUAUUAUCUAAAAAAAUCAACAAAGUGGAAGAGAAGGCUAUUGAAAAGCUUAUCGAUGAGGGUCAAUUGCUGUGUAUUGAGUUGCACGAGUUGAAAAAUCUACGCAUUCGAUUUGAACAAGUUUCUUGGUAUAAUAAAUCUCGACGUUACCGCAACUCCAGUUCAAAACUACAAAUAAGUGAUGUAAAUCGCCUCAUUCAAGACGGCCAAAAGCUCAUCCCAGAUCCGAUUUUAGAAAAAGAAAUUGGGACAUUGCAGGGCAUUGUACUGUCGUCUGAAGCUUGGGAGAAAGCUGCAAAAUCAUGUUUUCAAACAACUACUCCAAGUGAUAUGUCAGAAAUUGAACUUAUUCUCGAGGCAGCUGAAAAAAUUGUUAUUGAGCUACCCACGAAGCCGGCCCUCAAGGAAGCAUUGAAAAAAUCUCGAGAUUGGCUCGCCGCAGUAGAGAUGCUGCAAAAGAACGAACAUUAUCCAUACUAUCACACUCUUGAAGCAGUCGUUAAUCGAGGAUUGAAUAUUCCGUUGAAGCUAGAAGAAUUAGAUCGAAUGAAAAAGCAUCUAGAUGCAGCGAGCGAAUGGAAAGAUAAAACUGCUAAGUCGUUCCUUCGCAAACACACCCGAUUCACACUUCUCGAAGUUUUAUCACCACGUACAAGUGCCCUUAUGACAGGUAACACUAGCGAAUGCAAUCUCCCCCCCAAACGAACACCCCCCGAAGAGCAAUUCACCGAAGAUUUAAGUCCUGCCCAAAUGGUGGAUGCAUUUAAAAAGGCUGAAGAGAAGGAAAUCACAGAAAUGCGUGAAUUGAGACGCUUUAAUUCAAAGGCAUCAACCAAUGCGUCAGCUGAAAGGAAAUAUUGUUUUUGUAAGGGCAAGUUUACGGGGCAAAUGUACUUAUGUCAGCUUUGUGCCGAUUGGUAUCACAGGGAAUGUGUGCCCAAGGUUCAUUGGAAAGACGGUAUGAUUGUUACUCAAAAUGGGCAACCAGUAAUGACUUGUAAAUACUUGUGUCCGUCUUGUAUGAGGUCUCGUCGUCCUCGAUUGGAGGCGAUUCUAUCAUUGUUGGUGUCUUUGCAAAGGCUCCCAAUACGCCUACCUGAAGGUGAAGCUUUGCAAUGUUUGACUGAACGGGCAAUGAAUUGGCAAGAUCGGGCUCGCCAAGCUUUUCUCAUAGAAGAUGUAGCUGCUGGUUUGGCAUAUCUAAAUAGUUGCAGACAAAAAAAAGGCGACAAGUCCAAAAAUGAGUCUUCAACUGAGGAGAAAAAAUUAUCAUCAUCAAAGCUUGAUGGUGGUGAACAGACUACCGAUGGCGAUCUCACAGAAUCAGACCUUGCAAAUGAUGACAGCUGUGGUGAAGACUUCAACAAUAUUAUUUUCUCGCGUAGUGAAGGCGAAGAGGAACCACAAGCAGAGAUUGACAAGGAAUCAAUGCUAAUGGCCUCGGUCUUAGGAAGUGAUGAUUUGCAAACAAAUGAUCUAAAUACCGAAAGUAGUUUGUUAGAAUCAAACAAACCCACUUCAGGAGGAAGUGAAAUUGAACAUGCAUAUUCAGUUCCAUCUUUAACCGGUCAAUCUGAUGUGACACCUAUAACAACACCUAACAGCAACACCAGCAGCAUUAUCAAUACAAAAGCUCGUACACCUUCCCCGCCUAUUCCUUUUGAGUUAAAACCAUCAACAUUAGAAAUUCUGGAAAAUCUUAUGUUGGAAGGUGAUUUACUGGAAGUAUCACUCGAUGAAACAAAUCACAUAUGGAAACUUUUGAAUUUAGCUAAAUCACAAAAUACUGAUGCUGCUGCUUCACAUGUUGCUCAACAAUCAAAUAAUCAAAAGAAGCGAGAAUCAAAAGAAUUUGGUAGUCAAUCGGCGGCGGCGGCACGAGCUUUCAAAAAGCGCCAAAUGCUUGAUGGAGGGGCAUCAACAACUACAACGACACCAGUCAAGCGUUUAUGGAAAGGUUCCGAAGCCAAUCGCAAAACAAUUGGAAAACGUGAUAAAAAAAUCAAAGAGGGCGCUGUUGCAAGUGCAAUAUUUGGUGGAGGCGAUAAUACUUUGGACAAAUUGACCGAUUCUGAAGUUGGAAGUGGAAGCGUCAAACCAUCACCAUCGUCAACAGCAGCAACAACAUCAGCAGCAAAUGUACGAAAACGUAAACGUGCUGGUGGUGGAGGUGGCGGUAAAUCGUCAGCUAGACAUGAUAUGUUGUCUAUGAUGAACUCAACAUCCGAUGACGAUGAAGAAUGUCGUGCUCAAAAUUGUCACAAGCCAUCAGGUCGCGAGGUAGAUUGGGUUCAGUGUGAUGGAGGUUGCAACGAAUGGUUCCAUAUGUUUUGUGUUGGAUUGGAUCGUAAACAAAUAAAGCCAGAUGAUGAUUAUAUUUGUAAACGCUGCAUGAAAUCAAAUGCCGAAAAUAAUUCAUCCUCCUCUUCUUCUGCUGUUGUGACUGCAACUCCAACUCAAACUAAUCAGCAACCUCAACAGCCUCCAUCGAUCAUAGAAGCUUCCAUAUCAUCGUUUGUUGAAAAAUCAAAUAACGUAGAUACGAUUUCACCAUCAUCAGCCGAUGUAGCUAUUGUUCAAACAACAUCAGUUAUAACAACUCUGUCAUCAACGUUUUCACCCACAAGUACAAAACCCCACAAAGAUAUUGUGAGUUAAAUAUUCAAUUUUAACUUAAACAAAAAAGGUAAAUUAAACAUAAUAUUAGGCUGUAUUAAGAAAAAUACAAAAACAAAAAACAUCCCACGAUCAACCACAACCAAAAAAGUUUAAAUCAUAAAUUUUAUUUUAAAUUAAAAUGUUUUGGCAGUUUUGAGAGUUGUAUGAUAAAUUGUAUUCUUAUUUAAUUAUUUAAUUUUUUUUUAAGAAGCAAAAACUACUAAUUUAUAAAGUAGUUGUAGUUUAAUUAUUUAAUAUGCACACAUCUAUACAUUUCUAUUUCUUUUUUUUUUUAAGUAUUAAGCUAGAAGAAAAAAACUCAAUGAAAUUAUAAUAUUAAAAAUGUAAUAUUUAGUUUAACAAAUAUAAAUAUUUCAUUUUCACUUUUCAUUGGAAUGAUAUAUGUAUGUAUAAAUAAAUGAUAUAUAUAUUCACAUUUUAGAGCUUUGUCCAAACGGAUACUAUUCUAAAUGAAAACUUCCAGUUAAAUGUGUUCCGGAGAAAGGUUUUCAACCGAGAAACUCUCAAACGUCGUUCCAUUUUUGUUUUAAUUUUGUUCCCUCCUCAUUAAUAAACGAAAAGAGCAAAAUUUGCAGAAGAUUUUUUAUUUUGAGCCUAUCUUCCUAACAGAUUACCCCGGGAAUUUUCAUACAAAAUAGGGCUGGUAGAACCAGGGACGUAUUGGUUUCAUCGGUUGGGUCAUUCAUUUUUGAUUUUUUUUUAAUUCAUUACAUCGAGAUUAUGUUCAAAAAAAUAAGUCGAAUAUAAUUGGAAAAAAAAUCAGUUGGUUUAAAAAAAUAUUUAUUCCAUUUUUACCUCUUUCAAUUAAAAAAAUAGUUUUACUAACAUAGCCACUCUUGAUUUUAUUUUAAUUACUCCUUGAGAACUUUGAGUCUUUGAAAUAAACAAACUGUCAUAAGUCUUAAAAGAAUGUUCUUCUGUUUUGACUUUUUUUUAUAAAAAAACUGGGAAGUUUCUUAAUCAUGGCAUUCAUUUUUGAAAAGUAAAUUAAAUCAACGACGACUCUCAUGUUUAGCUAUAUCAUUUCGUGUUCAUUGCAAAACUCUCACAAAAAAUACCCUGUCAAUUUGCGUUAAAAAAAUAAACACGGUAGGUUUUUUCUUUUGGCAGUAAGACUAACCUCCACGAAAUAUUUGUUCAUAAGAACCAUAAAAAAAGAAGAUCUCCUUCUUUGUUAAUUGUGUCAAUUUUCCAUAUCUAAAAUAUUAACCACAUUAGUUUUCCAAUCUCGUCUAAUUUUUGGUUUUAUUCUUUUGUGAACGAUGAUUAAAAAAAAAAAAAAAAAACAAUCCAAACCCAAAGAACCUGAUUUUAUUACAACCAGUCUCCCUGUGGUUGGAUUUUAAAUAUAAAUUCAUGAAUUUGAAUUCUGUAUAAUACGUAUGGAAUUUUAUUUUAGUUUUUUUGAACAAUCAAUCAGUUGAAUUAUUUUGAUCUCAUUACAAAAAAAAAAUAAAAUAAAAAACAAAACAAAAAUUCUUUUAUUCGUAUUUUACUUUUAUUUAUAACAAAUAAGAAACGUGUAAAAAAAAAAAAAACAAAAAUUGAUGAAAUAUUUAAGAUAAAAAGUAUUGGAUCAAAAAGAAACCAACAAUAAUAAAUAGAAAAAUUAAAUUUUAUUCGAUAAUCCAAACACUUUAGAAUUAAGAUUUUAAUUAAUAUAACUGUAUAAAUAUAUUUUUCCGCAAUUAAUAAAUCUAUAAAAAAAUAUAUAUAUUUAAUGAGCUUUGUAAAAUGU